CAUUGUGCUGUCUCCUCCCAUCACCGAAUUUCCAGCAUUGCACUCUGCAUCAAAUACGAGUUUUACUACUUUUAGUUCUACCAACAAAACUAAGUAGUUCAAGUUGAGAUAUAUUCUGAUAAUUCGGAAGAAAGAAGAAACAUGAAGCUCUUUUCUAGAAUUGCAAUCCUUGGGCUAAUCGCCCAGAUGAGGGACACUGAGGCAUUUGGUCUCGUGUCCAAACCCAAUGCGCCAAUUUUCACCGGAUCGUCUACGAGCCUUAAUGCCGGGUCCGAGGUGUUCAUGCCCGCUCUUUCUUCCACCAUGAAGGAGGGAAAGGUUGUUUCCUGGUUGAAAUCCGAGGGAGACGAAAUCGAAGCUGGUGAAGCAAUCAUGGUAGUUGAAUCCGACAAAGCCGACAUGGACGUUGAAGCCUUCGAAGAUGGAUAUUUGGCAAAAAUCAUUGUUGACGAGGGAGAGAUGGCCCCUGUCGGAGCUGCCGUUGCCUUGAUCGCUGAGACCGAAGGCGAAAUCGAUGAAGUAGCGUCCGCAGGAGGUUCUGCACCAGUCGCUGCUGCAGAGGAGGCUGCACCAGCCGCCGAAGCUGCGUCUGCAGGUGGGUUGUCGUUGUCAUGUUUUCGCUAAUUUUACUUGUGUCGAUCUUGUUUGUAUGAACGGGAAUCCACUGGGUAUGGUUGCGAUGUACCUUCAGUUUUCAUCGAAUAUAUGCGCAGCAUCACAUAAAAUGUGACUUAGUAUUCUCAAAUUUUGUGCACGUAUACACGUCAGAACAAUGAAACGAGUGAGAUCAUACUUUUUGUUUCGUUUUUGAGUGUUUCUAACACAAUGCAUUCUCACUUUAAACACAUCCACGAAUUCACCCUCAAUUGAAACUAUGUUACCUAGGCGCCCCGGAUUGCGAAUUCAGUCAGAUCGAUAUGCCUGCUCUCUCUUCCACGAUGAAGGAGGGUAAGGUUGUUUCGUGGUUGAAGGCCGAAGGUGACUCCAUUGAAUCGGGUGAGGCAAUCAUGGUUGUUGAGAGUGACAAGGCAGAUAUGGAUGUCGAGGCAUUCGACGAUGGAUUCUUGGCCGCCAUUAUCACUGAUGAGGGUGAAACUAGCUCCGUUGGCGCACCUGUAGCAUUGAUUGCCGCCGAGGAGGCUGAUAUCCCUGCCCUCAAGGCGUAUGCCGCAUCUUUGUCUGGUGCUCCUGCUGCAGCUGCUGCACCAGCUGUUGCGGCACCUGCCGCCCCCGCAGCCCCCAAGGCUUCGGCAGCUCCUGUUGCCCGUGCUCCUGGAGCCCGUGUAGUUGCCUCUCCUUUGGCCAAAAAGAAGGCAGAAGAAAUCGGCCUCGAUCUUAGUACCGUUGCCGGAACUGGUCCGGAUGGAAGAAUUACCGCAGCUGAUGUCGAAAACGCUGCCAAGGGCGGUGCUCCUGCUGCUGCCAAGCCAGCCGCAGCCCCUGCUAAGCCUGUGUGGACUCCCGCUGCUGGUGUUAUCGCUGCGACCCCCAUGGCACGAGUUGCCGCUAAAAAGGCGAAGAUCGACCUUGCAACUAUUACAGGAACUGGGUCGCUUGGACGUGUCACAGUUGAUGACGUGAAAAUGGCGACCGGAGAAAAGAAGGCAGAACGCAAGAAGGCUCCUUCUGGAGAAGCUGCUGUUGAAUUGCCAGAUGGUUUUGUUCCUUUCUCUGGUAUGCAGAAGGCUGUCAGUGGCAACAUGGUUGCUACUUUAACUGUCCCAUCCUUCCAAGUUAGCACAGACAUUGAAAUGACGGCAUUCGAAGCCAUGUACCAGAAGGUCAAGCCAGAUGGUAUUUCUGUUUCAGCGAUGUUGGCCAAGGCUUGUGCUUUGGCAAUCGAGAAACAUCCUAUUAUCAAUAGUGCCUACUCUGAUCAAGACGGUGGUGGCAUUUUGUACAAGGGAGAUAUCAACAUUGCCAUGGCAGUUGCUAUUGACGGAGGACUCAUUACUCCUACACUCAUGUAUGCUAACGAAAGACCUAUCAAGGAAAUCGCCGAAAACUGGAGGGAAUUGGUAGGAAAGGCCAAGACUGGAACUCUUUCACCUGCUGAGUACACCACUGGUACAUUCACAAUCUCUAACAUGGGAAUGUUUGGGGUCACAUCGUUUGGUUCUUUGCUUCCAGUUGGACAAGGAGGUAUUUUGGCUGUUGGAGCGACACAAGAUAAGGUCGUGCCAGACUCCCAAGCAAUCAUGGGAAUGAAGAAGGCCCGACUAAUGACUGUCACUUUGACAGCCGACCACAGACAAAUCUAUGGAUCCGAUGCUGCUCUCUUCCUCAAGACUCUGAAGAGUAUUAUGGAAAACGACGUUGCCAAGCUUGCGAAAUAAGUCUUGACUAAACUAGAAACGUCUACAAUUGCGGAACCAAGUGCACUAAAACAAUCUAGUCACA